AAGUAACAAGGGAAUAUCACUCCAAAAGUGCAUAGUCUGCUUUAUUUACUCUUAACUGUUUCAUUUUUAAAAGAUUUCGGGGAGGUACACUCUUCAGUUAGAUCUGUUGUGAAACAAAAUCUGCGCGAUGGAUGUAAGCGAUGGAGCAGACGAUAGUUCCAUGUCUGCUGAAGGAAAUGACACCAGCCCGACCAACAUGGCGUCAGAGAAGCUGGAGGCGUCAAUUGAUGAUGACAAGGACAAGGGUAACACAGAGGAAGCUGCUGUACCUUGUUUAGAAUGCCCAGUGUGUCUACAACCCUGUAUCCAUCCAGUACAGUUACCCUGCUCUCACAUCUUCUGCUUCCUCUGCGUCAAAGGGGUGGCCAAUCGGAGCAAGCGCUGUGCUUUGUGUCGCCAAGAGAUACCACUCUCAUACUUCCACAAUCCAAAACUUGUGAGACAAGAGGAUUUGUUACAACAUGCAGCCUUUGAAGACGGUUACCAGUGGUUUUACGAGGGAAGAAAUGGCUGGUGGCAGUAUGACUUACGGACGAGCACAGAGCUGGAGGAAAAGUACAAGCGUGACGAAAAGACAUUUGAACUGCUGAUUGCUGGCUUUUUGUACGUGAUAGAUUUGGACAGCAUGCUGCAGUACAGGCGGAAUGAUCCCACACGAAGGAGGCGCAUAAAGAGAGACCUGGAAAACAUCCCAGAGAAAAAGGGCGUGGCAGGCUUGAGAACGAAGACUAUUGCUCCUUCAGACAGACAGGGUGCUUACGGUGUAGAGACUUCAGAUGCAACUGGUAAGGGUCAGCCAGGGACUGCUGGUGAUGGUCGAGGGGACCAAAGUGGUACUUCCACAGGACAAUCACCAGUCUUGCCACCUGCAUCAGUUCCAGCGCCCACAAACAGCCCAGGAGUGUCCAUCCAAGGCCUGUCUUCAAUGAUGGGGGACCUUAACAUCAACCAUGCAGGGGAUGAUAGGAGCAUCUCUCCAGUGCCCAGAAGAGCCCCUAGUGGCACACACUCUGAUAAUGCUGGCCCUGUCAGGCCUGAUAGAUGGCCUUCUAGGUCCAGUGGUCAACCCUCAAGACCUAAUGGAAAGAUUUCAAGAUCUAGCAGCUUACCUGCAAGACCUGAUGGACAAACCUCUGGUUCCAAUGGCCAGCCUUCAAGACCUGAUGGACAAACCUCUGGUUCCAAUGGCCAGCCUUCAAGACCUGAUGGACAAACCUCUGGUUCCAAUGGCCAGCCUUCAAGACCUGAUGGACAAACCUCUGGUUCCAAUGGCCAGCCUUCAAGACCUGAUGGACAAACCUCUGGUUCCAAUGGCCAGCCUUCAAGACCUGAUGGACAUACCUCGGGUUCCAGUGUCCAGUCUUCAAGACCUGCUGGACAAACCUCUGGUUCCAAUGGCCAGCCCUCAAGACCUGCUGGACAUACCUCUGGUUCCAAUGGCCAGCCUUCAAGACCUGAUAGACAUACUGUUAGAUCUAAUGGUCAACCCGCAAUACCCUAUGGGCAGUUUUCUGGACCCAAUGGACAGCCCUCUGGGCCCAGUGGACAAAUUGGCACAUCCAUUAGUCAACCUGGAGAGCCUGAUGGGCAUCAUUCCAUUAUUGAUGGACAGCCUUUAAGUCUUGAUGGACUGUCCCAGUCUGCAAGACAAACCUGUCCACACCUUCAACAAAGUGAUAGACAAUCUCGACCCCAAGAGGUCGCUCCCCUCCCCACCAUGCCUGGUCAAGACGCCCCUCCUUUGCCUGCCCGCUCCCGCAACCAAUCUUUUCCUCUGGAAAGUAGGCCUGGACAGAAUGGUAUGCCAUCUCAGAGAAGGCACCAAACGCCCCCCAGACAGGCCAACGAGGGGUGUGGCGAUCCCUGCGGGACUGCUCUCCCACGAGCGAGAAGAUCUCAAUCCUCGCCACAUGUUCGACAUUUUCCCCCCACUUCACAUGAGGCAGGAGCAUCAUUGUCAGAUUCUGCGGUCAGCCAGUCAGACAGGGAUCCCAACCCUAGAGAGACAAGGAAGGCCCCCAGUGGCCAGAGAAACAGAUAAAGUCUCCUUUGUGGUAUCUGCAUAAAAAAUACAACAGACAACAAAGUCAAAGAUCAAGGUCUUUGAAGC